GAGGUAUCCCUACACCCUACCACCCCAGGCCUUAUUCUCUUCUUUCAGUCUGGGCGACCCUUGGGCACUGGAGUACGCUUGGGAUUGGGGCUGCGAGUGAGCCCCAACGAUUGAUUUGGAAGCCGACUUUUGGUUCAUAACGAGCAUUUACUCUGUCAGGGAUCCGCUGGGCUCUGACGACUGCGGUAGAUCCAUGGCUUCCUGGACGUUCACUCAUAGAGUCAUCCUACCUUAAUUCAUGUUCCCUGGUCUCAGUUCACAAGCCUCACCUGUAUCUUCCUGGCUCGGAAGAUGAAUCGGACAAAGGGUGAUGAGGAGGAGUAUUGGAACAGCUCCAAGUUCAAGGCUUUCACCUUUGACGAUGAAGAUGAUGAGCUUUCACAGUUAAAGGAGUCCAAGCGGGCGGUGAACAGCCUCCGAGACUUUGUGGAUGAUGAUGAUGAUGAUGACCUGGAGCGAGUCAGCUGGACUGGGGAACCUGUGGGAAGUAUCUCAUGGUCCAUCAAAGAGACUGCUGGUAAUAGCGGGUCAACCCAUGAGGGGCGUGAACAGCUAAAGAGCCGAAACAGCUUCUCCUCCUAUGCACAACUACCCAAGCCUACUUCUACCUACUCCCUGAGCAGCUUUUUUAGAGGUAGAACUAGACCGGGAAGUUUCCAGUCCCUUUCUGAUGCUCUGUCAGACACACCUGCCAAAAGCUAUGCUCCAGAGCUGGGGAGACCCAAAGGGGAGUAUAGGGAUUACAGCAAUGAUUGGAGCCCCAGUGAUACAGUGCGACGCCUCCGGAAGGGCAAGGUCUGCUCACUGGAGAGAUUCCGCUCCUUACAGGACAAGCUACAACUCCUAGAAGAGGCAGUAAGCAUGCAUGAUGGAAACGUCAUUACUGCAGUUCUGAUUUUCCUCAAGAGGACACUGAGCAAAGAGAUUCUCUUCCGAGAGCUGGAGGUGCGACAGAUUGCCCUGAGACAUCUUAUCCACUUCCUUAAGGAAAUAGGGGAUCAAAAGCUGCUGUUAGACCUCUUCAGGUUCCUAGAUAGAACAGAAGAGCUUGCGCUAUCUCAUUAUCGAGAGCAUUUGAACAUUCAGGACCCUGACAAACGAAAAGAAUUUCUUAAGACCUGUAUUGGUUUGCCAUUUUCAGCAGAAGAUUCUGCACACAUACAGGACCAUUACACGCUCCUGGAACGUCAGAUCAUUAUUGAGGCAAAUGAUCGCCAUUUAGAAUCAGCAGGACAGACUGAGAUCUUCCGAAAGCACCCCCGCAAAGCUUCCAUCCUCAACAUGCCACUAGUGACAACACUUUUCUACUCCUGCUUCUAUCACUACACGGAGGCUGAGUGAGGCAUUUCUACUUCCCCUUAAUUUUUCUUGGUCUCUGCUUUCCAGAUCCCAGACAAACAGUAUGUGCUGACAGCCCUGGCUGCUCGUGCCAAGCUUCGAGCCUGGAAUGAUGUAGAUGCCCUAUUUACCACAAAGAACUGGCUGGGUUAUACCAAGAAAAGAGCACCCAUUGGCUUCCAUCGAGUUGUCGAAAUUUUACACAAGAACAAUGCGCCUGUGCAGAUAUUACAGGAGUAUGUCAAUCUGGUGGAAGAUGUGGACACAAAGUUGAACUUAGCCACUAAGUUCAAGUGCCAUGAUGUCGUCAUCGAUACCUGCCGAGACCUGAAGGAUCGUCAACAGUUGCUAGCAUACCGGAGUAAGGUAGAUAAAGGAUCAGUAGAGGAGGAAAAGAUUGACGCUCUUCUCAGCAGCUCGCAAAUUCGAUGGAAGAAUUAAGUGGCAUUAACUACCCUGAAACCUGCCUCAUUUCUUCCUUUCCUGCCUGUGAAAAUAGAGAGCUCUUCUUUGGGAGAGUUACGGCAUCACAUCGCUUGGGCCCAUUAUCCACAGGCAGUGCCAGCUACUCUUGACACAGAUAACGUCACACUGAUCUUCUGUCCAAGAAACAUCAUCUGAGGAUUGAGAUCUAAAGCUUUGACUCAUGAGAAUGAUUUUCUCCACCUGGUGCUCAUAUGAAGGUGGGAGUGAUUUCUGGAUUGGGCCCCUACUGGGUAAGAUCUCACUUGGUCUGAGAAAAGUGACUGCUCCAGAAAGGAAGAGGUGCAGGUGUCAUAGGGUGGCCACUCCAUUGAACUCAGCUAAUUAUGAUCCAGGACUUGGUGCUGGACAUUGGCAGUUCUGCUCUGAAUGAAGUCAGAAUGGAACCAAAAUGGCCUCAGGAAGGAAUGCCAGUGUUUCCCAAGACCUGCUGGAAAUGCACUCACACCAGACUGCACAGACACCCCCACACUGUGCCACACAUGGCCUAGACAUUGUGUUUCUUCAGCCAUUUUCCCUCUGCUGCCUCAGUUUACUCUGUCCAAAAACCUAAGGCUCUUCUCUCACUCGAACACAGAUGACUUUGCUUGGGUGAUGGGACAUCCCCUUUAUCUCUUCCUCUACUGCUAGCCCAGACCCAUAACUUUAUACGAAGCUCAGAUGCAGCAGUGCUGGAGAGCUCUCUCUUUAUGCAAAAAUCUCAUUUCACUAGGAGCUUUCAGAAGUUUCACCCGGGCUAAACUCAGUAGCAUUUCUGUUAGGAUAUUUAGAUGGAGGUGUUAUUUUCACACUUGGAUUCUUCCUCUGUACCAAUAUUUGCCUCUCUUCUCUGUGACUGAACUGGGUUUUUCUGACAUGCCUAGACUCCUAAUAAAGGUAUUUCUUCCUUGGUGCCUUC